AUGACUUUCGAAGUAUCGAAGUACGACUGCCCGACCUGGAUGCUGGCCUUUUCAGAUUAUGAAGAAUUUCGGCCGAUCAGUGAUCUGUACCGCGAACUCCUUAGCAGUGGAGUACAAUUCCCUGACAUCAAAGAAAAUGACGUAGACUUACUUAAGCGUACGCUUCAACUUUCUCGAACUAGCAAGGUUUCAGGAUUGGUCCAAGUACCCACUGCUUCGAAUGCAAGAACCGCACAGCUCAUGAAGGCAAUUCGUCGUGAUCUGGAUCAGGCAGCACUUGAUCUCCCCGCCUUUGAGGCUCAAGUUCAAGAUUUGGCCCGCACUCAACCAGAUGAUGUUACACUGAGACAGUUACAUGCCACUGCUGACCGCCUUGAUGGCCUUCAAGGAAGACUGAAAUCCUACGUCGGACCUCUCAGCGACAGUAUGGAUCCGAAGUUAGGAAGCACUGAGGAGAAGGAGACCGCGCUUGAUGAGUUGAUGCGAGUGAAUGAGAAGAUUAAUGUUAAUAUCCAACAAUUCCAGUCUUUCGAGAGAAUACGCCGUGGCCAAGAAGAGGUAUUUACUCUGUUUAUUGUUGCCUGA